AUGUCUCGCUUCCUCGAUCUGAAGGACUUUGGAGAGGCUGCUCGAUAUCUUCGCCUCACCAAUCUCGAGCAACUUGCGGCCAUAGCCCAGACCUACGAUGGAACAAAACGCGUAUGGAUGCCCGAUGAAGUUGAGGGGUAUAUUGAGGUUGAAAUCCGAGAACGGAAUGGAGACAAAACUACAGUAGAGACCAAAGAUGGACGGUUUAUUACUGUCAAGGAGGAAGUCCUGCAACCUGCCAACCCCAGUAGAUUCGACAUGAUGGAGGAUAUUGCAAUGUUGACACAUCUCAACGAGGCAUCCGUGCUGUUCAACCUCAGGCGCAGAUACAGCAUGUGGAUGAUCUAUACCUACUCUGGCCUGUUCUGCGUGACUAUCAAUCCUUACAAAUGGCUGCCGGUCUACACAGACCAAGUAGUGAUGACAUUCAAGGGAAGACGGCGCACUGAGGCGCCGCCACACAUCUUCGCCAUUGCUGACAAUGCCUACUGCGACAUGCUGCAGAAUCGGGAGAACCAGUCCAUGCUUAUCACCGGCGAGUCAGGUGCAGGAAAAACGGUGAACACCAAGCGAGUGAUCCAGUACUUUGCCAUCGUCGCUGCGCUUGGAGAAACAGUGAAGAAAGGCGGAUCAUUGGAAGACCAGAUCAUCGAAGCCAAUCCUGCCAUGGAGGCUUUUGGAAAUGCCAAAACCAUCCGCAACGACAACUCUUCCCGCUUUGGAAAAUUCAUCAGAAUUCACUUCGGGCCAAAAGGAAAGUUAGCGUCUGCUGACAUUGACAUUUACCUUCUAGAAAAGUCCAGAGUGGUGUUUCAGCAGCCAGAAGAGAGGGGUUACCACAUCUUCUACCAGAUCCUAUCCAAUCACAAGCCAGAACUACAAGACAUGCUGUUGGUAACCAAGGACCCAUACGACUACCACUUUUGCUCACAGGGUGUCACCACAGUGGCCGGACUUAAGGACAGCGAGGAACUGGAUCGCACCGACCACGCCAUGGACACACUGGGCUUCACGCCAGAGGAGAAGAACGGCUGCUAUAAGCUAGUUGGUGCCAUCAUGCAUUUUGGCAACAUGAAAUUUAAGAAGAGGCAACGAGAGGAGCAGGCCGAAGCGGACGGCACUGAAAGUGUGGACAAGGCAGCUUACUUGAUGGGCAUCAGUUCCGCUGACCUGCUCAAAGGCCUCUUGAAUCCCCGAGUGAAAGUGGGCAACGAGUGCAUUGUGAAAGGACAGACAGUGGAGCAGGUCUACUUUGCGGCAGCGGCUUUGGCUAAGGCCACAUAUGACCGCAUGUUUAAAUGGCUGGUAACCCGCAUUAAUAUGUCCUUGUACACGGCGCUGCCUCGACAGUACUUCAUCGGUGUGCUGGACAUUGCAGGCUUUGAGAUCUUUGAGUUGAACAGUUUUGAGCAGCUGUGCAUCAACUUCACCAAUGAGAAGCUGCAGCAGUACUUUAACCACCACAUGUUCAUUCAGGAGCAGGAGGAGUACAAAAUUGAGGGCAUUGAGUGGACAUUUAUCGACUUCGGUCUCGACCUGCAAGCCUGCAUCGACCUCAUCGAGAAGCCCCUUGGAAUUUUGUCCAUCAUGGAGGAGGAAUGUAUGUUCCCAAAGGCCACUGACCUCAGUUUCAAUACCAAACUGUAUGACAACCAUUGGGGAAAGUCACCCAAUUUCCAACGACCGCGGCUGGAUAAGAAACGCAAAUAUGAGACGCACUUUGAGGUGGUCCACUAUGCUGGAGUGGUUCCGUACAACAUCAUAGGCUGGCUGGACAAAAACAGAGAUCCUCUCAAUGAGACUGUAGUGGUUUUGUUCCAAAAAUCCUCCAGCAAACUGAUGGCUGGACUUUAUGAGGACUACUACAUCAGCUCAGCAGACGCAGAUCCUAAGCGUGAGGCAAAGCAAAGAAAGAGGAAAGCAGCUUCCUUCCAGACUGUCUCCCAGCUUCAUAAAGAGAAUCUUAACAAGCUGAUGGCAAACCUCCGGAGGACUCAGCCGCACUUUGUCCGCUGUAUCAUCCCCAAUGAGAGCAAAACCGCUGGCGUCAUUGAUCCCUUCCUGGUCUUGCACCAGCUAAGGUGUAAUGGGGUCUUGGAGGGUAUCCGUAUCUGCAGGAAGGGCUUCCCGAACCGGAUCUUGUAUGCUGAGUUCAAACAACGCUAUCGUAUCCUGAACCCCUCUGCAAUUCCUGAGGCCACAUAUGUCGACAGCAAAAAGGCAGUGGAGAAGCUUUUGGGCUCACUGGACAUUGACCACAACCAGUAUAAGUUUGGACAAACCAAAGUGUUUUUCAAAGCAGGUCUAUUGGGUCAGUUGGAGGACAUGAGAGAUGCUCGCCUAUCUCAGAUCCUGACAACGGUCCAGGCCAUGGGCAGAGGGAAGCUGAUGAGGAUGGAAAGAGACAAGAUGACUAUACAAAGGGACGCUGUGUUGAUUAUCCAGUUCAACAUGCGAUCGUUCUUCAUUGUGCGCACAUGGCCGUGGAUGAUGUUGUUUUACAAGCUAAGGCCCUUGUUGAGGAGUGCUCAGGUGGAAAAGGAGCUGGCCUCCCUCAACGAAGACUACAGCAAGCUAAAGGAGGCCUUUAACAGGUCUGAAUGUAAGAGAAAUGAGGCUGAAGAGCGUCAAGUUAUUCUUGUCCUGGAGAAGAAUGAUUUGGCCUUGCAGCUUCAAGCUGAACAAGACAACCUCGCUGAUGCAGAGGAGCGCUGCAACCAGCUGAUCCAUUCCAAGAUCACCCUGGAGUCCAAGCUUAAGGAGAUGCAUGAGCGUCUGGAGGAUGAGGAGGAGGUGAGCGCUAAGCUGAUCUCCAAGAAGCGUGUAUUGGAAGAUGAAGUGGGAUCCCUACGGAAGGAUGUGGAUGAACUGGAGAUAACCUUAGCUAAGGUGGAGAAGGACAAGCACAGCAAUGAGAACAAGGUGAAGAAUCUUUCCCAGGAGAUGUGUGUAUUGGAUGAGUCAAUUGCUGCUCUGAACAGGGAGAAAGUUGCCCUGCAGGAAGCUCACCAACAAGCUCUCAACGACCGCCAGGCUCAGGAGGACAAAGUCAACAUUCUGGCCAAGGCCAAGAGCAGACUGGAGCAGCAUGUGGACAGUGUGGAGACCACUUUGGAGCAAGAGAAGCGGGGCCGGACUGAACAGGAAAAAGCCAAAAGGAAGCUGGAAGCUGACCUGAAACUAUCCCAGGACUCUGUAAGGGGGCUGGAAGAACAGAAGAGGGAGCUUGAGGAUAGAAUAAAUAAGAAAGACUUUGAGUUGGGUCAGCUUCAGUCCAAAUUGGAGGAUGAACAGAACCUGGUGGCUCAACUGCAGAAGAAAAUCAAAGAGCUUCAGACCCGCAUUGAGGAACUGGAGGAGGCACUGGAGGCAGAGCGUGCGUGGCGUUUCAAGGCAGAGCGUCAGCGGAAUGACAUUGCCCGGGAGCUGGAAGAGCUUGGAGAGAAGCUAGAAGAGGCGGGAGGAGCUUCUGCUGCGCAGAUUGCACUCAAUAAGAAGCGGGAAGCGGACUUCCUGAAGCUCCGACGAGAGUUGGAGGAGGCAGGGCUUCACCAUGAGACAACAGCUGCUGCUCUAAGGAAGAAGCAUGCCGACGCAGUGACGGAACUCACCGAGCAAAUAGACAUGCUGCAAAGAGCCAAACAUAAGAUGGAGAAAGAGAAGGCAGAACUUCGGCUGGAGGCAGAUGACCUGGCUGCCAACCUGGAGCAGCACUUAAGGGCCAAGGGUGCCUUGGAGAAGAUGUGCCGCGUCAAUGCGGACCAGCUUAGCGAGAGUCAUGGCAGAAUUAAUGAUCUGCAGCGACAGCUCACUGAGAUGUCAGCUCAGAAGGCGCGCAGUGUUGCUGAGGCGGCUGAGUACAGUCGUCGCUUGGAAGAGCGUGAAGUGCUGACAAAUCAACUGCAGCGAUCAAAAGCCGGACUUUGUCAAAACUUAGAAGAUAUGAAAAGGCAGCUGGAGGAGCAGAGCAAAGCUCGGGUUUCGCUAGCGCAGGCAGUGCAGGUGUCCCGUCAUGACUGCAGUCUGCUAACAGAACAGCUGGAGGCUGAGCAAGAAUCCAAGGCAGAGUUGCAGAGGGCUCUCUCCAAUGCGAACAGCCAACUGGUGCAGUGGAGGACCAAGUACGAGACGGAUGCCGUGCUGAGGAUUGAAGAGCUGGAAGACGCAAAGAAGAAGCUGGUUGCCAAAGUUCAGGCAGCGCUAGAAGUUGCUGAGGCGUCUCAGGCAAAAAACUCCUCACUGGAAAAAACCAAACAACGUCUGCAGAUAGAGAUUGAGGACUUGGCGGUAGAACUGGAACGAUCCAACGCUUCCGCUCUGGCUCUUGACAAAAAGCAGCGCCAGCUAGACAAGAUGUUGACUGAGUGGAAGCAGAAGUUGGAGGACAGUCAGUCAGAGCUGGACGCCUCCCAGAAAGAAUCACGCAAUCUCAGCACAGAGCUCUUUAAGAUGAAGAACAUUUACGAAGAAUCUCUUAAUCAUCUGGAGACGCUCAAAUCUGAAAACAAGAACCUUCAAGAUGAGAUUCUGGACCUGACUGAGCAGAUCAGUCAUAGUGGAAAGACAAUUCAUGAUCUUGAGAGGGUGAAAAAGGUCCUCGGAGUGGAGAAGAGCGACAUUAAAGCUGCCUUGGAAGAGGCAGAGGGAACUAUUGAGAAUGAGGAGAGCAAGACACAGAGAGUUCUAAUGGAACUUCAGCAUACCAGGAUGGAGAUUGAGCGCAAGAUUGCGGAAAAAGAUGAAGAGAUUGACAGCCUGAGGCGGAGUCACCAGCGUUCACAGGAGGCCAUGCAGGCCAGUUUGGAGGCGGAGAUUCGUACUCGCAGUGAAGCGGUGCGUUUGCGCAAGAAGAUGGAGUCUGACCUAAGUGAGAUGGACAUUCAACUUGCUCACGCCAACAAGCGAGCGGCCGAGGGCCAGAAGACCAUUGUGCAGCUGCAAGCUCAGGUGAAAGGUCAGCAGGUUGAGCUGGAAGACAAGGCCCAGAUGAACAAUCAGCUGCGAGAACAAGUGGCACUACUGGAACGUCGCUGCAUGCUGAUGGCAGCCGAGGGGGAGGAGCUACGGGGCGCCUUGGAGCAUUCCGAUCGCACCCGCAAGAUGACUGAACAUGAACUGGUGGAAGUGGCAGAGAGAGCCAAUCUGCUCACCACGCAGAAUUCGGGUCUAGCGAGCACCAAGAGAAAGCUGGAGGCAGAUGUGUCCAAUCUAAUGAGCGAAGUGGAUGAGAUGCUGGCAGAGGGUCGCAACAUGGAGGAGAAAACCAAGAAGGCUCUCACCGACGCUGCCACCAUGGCGGAGGAGCUGAAAAGGGAGCAAGACAGCAGCAGCAUGCUGGAGAGGAUGAAGAAGAACAUGGAAGUCAAUGUCAGAGAGUUGCAGGUCAAACUAGAGGAGGCAGAGCAGAUGGCACUGAAGGGCGGCAAGAAGGAAAUUUAUAAACUGGAGACGCGAGUGCGUGAUCUUCAGACAGAGGUGACCAUGGAGCAAAAGAAACGAGAGGAAUAUCAGAAAGGUGUCCGGCGCUACGAGAGGAAGCUGAAAGAGAUCACCUGCCAGUCAGAGGAAGAUCGCCAAACGCUGCUGAGGAUGCAAGAGGUCAUUGAGAAACUUCAAAGCAAAGUCAAAAUUUACAAGCGACAAGCUGAGAGCGCCGAGGAGCAAGUAAACUCCGCCACCGUACGGUUCCGUAAGGUGCAGCACGAGCUGGACGAUGCCGAAGAGCGAGCCGACAUCGCUGAAAGCGCCGUCAAUAAACUGCGCGUUCGAACGCGCCAGCACGUUAAUGUCAGCAGCGUUGCACUGAUUUCCGAGUGA